AUUCUCUACAAUCCACAUCAGAUUCCCCCUCCUCUACAACCCCAUCUUUCUUCCAUCCUCUAACUUUCUCUUCAUUGCUUUCCAAGCCAAGAAUCUCACAGAUUCCUCUCCCUCAUCACCACCCUUCAACUACUACUACUAUUAACCAACCUUCCUUCUUUCUUUCAUUCCAUGGAACUUGUUUCCUACCUCUCAUUCUCCAACCUCUUUCUUCUUUCUCUCCCUACCUCCUGUCCUUUUCCUUCCUCUUUCUUCACUUUUUCUUCUCUCAAAGUCUCUAUCUCAUAUAUGGCUCCUCCUUCAGAUAUCAAUCACUUUUCUCAUCCAUGUAUAUAUGGGGAUUAUAGUUCUUCACGCUCAGAGAGAAGGCCUAGUUUCAUGAAAUGGUUAAGUAGGCUUUUCAAAGGAGGGUCCAAUAGAGGAAGAGGUGGCCGUCGCCUGCAAGAACCGGACGAGGAAAACAUCGCUUGGCGCGCACCCCCUAGACCAUUUGAUGAUGGUUCUAGAGCUCAUAACAGGGAGAAUGAUGAUCUCGGCCAUGCGAUGUCACGAUCUUCAGCAGAAGAUUUAAAGCGACCAAAUGCACAUGAAGGAUAUAAUUGGGGGACAGACAAUGAUGAUUAUGGAAAAGCACUUCAAGCUGCAUACCCUCCAUAUAAUGCUGCUCCAUAUUACCCCAGAGAUUAUAGAAAAAUAUGUGGAGGGUGUAACCAGGAGAUACUCUAUGGAAAUUGUUUGGGAUGCUUGGAUACUUAUUUUCAUCCAGAUUGCUUCCGUUGUCACGCUUGUCAGUAUCCCAUUACCGAGCGCGAGUUUUCUUUGUCAGGGAAGCAUCCAUAUCACAAGUCCUGUUUUAAAGAGUUGACUCACCCAAAAUGUGAAGUUUGCUUCCAAUUUAUUCCUAUAAAUGCUGCUGGAUUGAUUGAGUAUAGGUGCCACCCCUUUUGGUCCCAAAAAUACUGUCCAUCUCAUGAAUAUGAUCAUACAUCUCGCUGCUGCAGUUGCGAAAGAUUGGAGCCUCGGAAUGUAAAAUACUAUAGGCUUGAAGAUGGAAGAAGUUUGUGCAUGGAGUGCAUGGAAUCUGCUAUAAUAGACACUGGUGAUUGCCAGCCUCUUUAUCAUUCUAUCAGAGAUUACUAUGAAGGGAUGAAUAUGAAAAUAGGUCAACAAAUUCCCAUGCUUCUUGUGGCCAGAGAAGCACUCAAUGAAGCUAUUGUUGGGGAGAAAAAUGCUGUUCAUCACAUGCCAGAAACAAGGGGCAUAUGCCUUUCAGAAGAGCAGACUAUCACCAGUAUACAUAGAAAGCCAAGACAUGGAGGCCAUCGACGAAUGACCAGAACUCAAAAUCAAAUGCUGGUUAGAAGAUGUGAAGUUACAGCAAUUCUUGUCCUAUAUGGUCUUCCAAGGCUACUCACAGGUGCCAUCCUUGCACAUGAGUUAAUGCAUGCAUGGUUAAGACUUAAAGGUUACCGCAACCUUAAUCCUGAAGUAGAGGAAGGUAUAUGUCAGGUUCUCUCAUACAUGUGGCUUGAGUCAGAAGUAAUGCCAUCAACAUCUGCAGCAGCAGCAUCAUCAUCUUAUCCUUCUUCAUCCUCCUCUUCCUCAAAGAAAGGAGCAAAGUCUCAUGUUGAAAACAAGUUGGGAGAGUUUUUCUUGAAUCAGAUUGCAAAUGAUUCUUCCCCUGCUUAUGGUGGUGGCUUUAGAGCUGCAAAUGAAGCUGUUAAUAAAUAUGGUUUACGUGCCAUUCUUGACCAUAUUCGUUACACUGGUCUUCUACCAGAGUAGUUAAAAGUCAAACUGAAAAGUGAGAACACAAGUUCAUCACUUAUUAUGGGUUGGAGAACUUUCUUUUUUAUUUUGAUUUAACAAGUGAUUGGUCUUGUAUGGUUUAAAACUCAAGACACAACCUUGUAGGCUUGUAUUCAACAAGUUUUACUUCCAUUGAGCAAAAGAGAAACAAAAAUGUU